UACUGACCUGACUGAUGUUUAUCUGAGUCACACCUCAAAAUGCAGUCACAAAUUGAAGACUUUAACAAAGGCCUUAGAGAGGAGGUUACUGUGCAAGAGGUGUCGGGUGGCUCUCUGGAUGGCACCAGAAUCGAAGCUGCCCCAACAGAAAGUGAAGGCAGUUCUGGCAGCACAGCAUGCCAACGACAAGACGAAGAGCAAGAAUCUGAAGAGAAGAGCAUCGAAACUGCUGUUACUCAAAGGCAGUCUAAAGACAACGUGGAUGAGUACAGCACCACCUUCCAAAGAGAUCAAAAGGAUGUUAAAACUCAAGAGAAAACUACCAGCUGCAUGUCCAGAGCAGAGCAACAGAGUGAACAAAAAUCAGAUGGUGAUGACAAAUCAGUAACUAGCUCCCUCAGCCAAAGGACAGAGGAAAAGAGGAGUGGUGUAAGAAUGACUAAAAGGGUUCUGCGAGACAUCUGUAAGCAGCAGAAUUUAUACUGGACCCCACAGUUAAAUGACACACUUUACUUGCAUUAUAAAGGCUUUGGCCGCCUGGAGAACCUCGAGGAGUACACUGGCUUGAAGUGUUUGUGGCUCCAGUGCAACGGCCUAACCAGAAUCGAGAACUUGGAGGCGCUGACAGAGCUGCGUUGCCUCUACUUGCAACUCAAUUUAAUUACCAAGAUUGAAAACCUGGAGCCCUUACAGAAACUGGUUGCCCUCAACAUCAGCAACAACUGCAUUGAGACCAUUGAGAACCUCUCUUGUCUGAAGGCCCUGGAGACUCUGCAGAUCGCUCACAACAGAUUGCAGAGGGUGGAAGACAUCCAGCACUUGCAGGAAUGCCCAAGCAUUUCUGUUCUUGAUCUGUCCCACAACCAUCUCAGUGAUCCCAGCAUCAUAACCAUCCUGGAGACCAUGCCUAAUUUGCAUGUGCUGCAUUUAAUGGGAAACCAAGUGAUAAAGAAAAUUGCUAAUUACAGGAAAACCCUUACUGUCAGGCUGAAGCAGCUAACAUUUCUGGAUGACAGACCAGUUUUCCCAAAGGACAGAGCCUGUGCAGAAGCCUGGGCUGUUGGAGGGCUUGAAGCUGAGAAAGCAGAAAGGGAAAAAUGGGAAACCAGAGACAGAAAAAAAAUCCAAGACAGCUUCAGGGCUUUAGAAGCCAUCAGGCAGAAAGCAAAGGAAAAGAAAAACCAAAAGUAUAUGGAAGAAAGAGAUGCAAGCACAAAAGGUGGAAAUGGAGCUGCAACAGACAGCCUGGAAGGAGCACCUGCAAAUUCAGAGACUUUGAAUGUAUCAGAAGAGAAAGAAACUGAAGAGAAGGCUGAGACACUCAGAAAUGAAAGUUCUGAUGCUCUUGAUGAAGUGGUAACACCUCUGUCAAAUCAGGGAGACAACAUAGACUUCCCAUCUGGAAAUAUUCCUACUGGAAUUCAAGAGGAUGCACAAGAAUCAAACUCAUACAAAUGCUCAAGCUGCAACAUGCUCACAGAUGAUCUCCCAAGAGAGAAGGCAGCUACUGCAGAGGCCAGGCUUCCUGAGCUGCAGGAAUAUGCUGACUCUGAACAGAUCCAGCCAGAGACACCAGGGAAACUUUAUCUUGAUCAACUGCCUGAUUUGGAAGAUAUAGAUGAAGAUGAAUUUCCCCCAGAAGAAAUCAUCUUUGUUCAAGAGCAGGAACAUCACCCAAAGAUUGAAAUCAUUUCUGAACUGACCAAUGACAGCCAUUCUGUGUUGGGGGACAACAAUAGAAGCCUGUGUGAGAGCUCAGAAGCAGCAGCUCCAACAGCAAUUUUCUCAAGUGUGUGGAAGAUGCACAAGGAGCAGGACAAGGAGCACUUAAGAUCUCUCGUUGAAAGCUUGCUUACAGAGCCUGCUGCUAAAGAAAGAUACCUGGAGGAAACCAAAGAUAAACAGCCUUUGGUACAAGAGGUUAUCACUGAGCCUGAGGAUCAUCUGCUCUUGGCACCAGUCUGCAAUGAGCCAGAUGACACAAGCCCAUGGGAAGAGAAGGGGAAGAUUGCAGUGAUGUAAUUAAGC